UGUUUUUUCUGUUAAAUGGGAAGGAUGUAGAAAGUCUGUGCGUUGUGUGUAAAUAAUAUACGUAAUAUUAAUGUAGCAAGAAACUUAGAAAACUUAAAUACGUUUAAAACUGUUCUUUGAAAAGAAAAUUCAUUGAAAGGGGCAAAAAUUUAUAGUAAGAAUGAGAAUAAUUGUACAAUAAUUUGUUUUCAUUGAUUGAUAUUAGAAAAAAACAAAUUUGUAAAAUGUGUAACUAUAAAAAUGAUGACUAAUAAGAUAUUUUACGGGAAAUGCUGAAAAAUACGAUGUCUGUAUGCAUAAUAUAAGUGCGGGUUAAGAUGUUAAACAACCCUCAAUCGUGUUUUCAAUAACAAAAUUGUACGAAAUUUUUGAAUAUAUAAAAUGAAGAAAAAAGAAUUGAAAUAUUCAAUCAGCAACCUCACCUCGCGAAUGUUGAAACAUAUGCUUCCAUACGUACGUAUAUGAGUAUACAUUUAUAUAUAUAUAUAUGUAUAUAUAUAUAUUCUACUAUACAGAGAAAAUCAUUGACUGUAUAACUAAAUACGCAAAUACUCACUUAUACAUUUUAUCUGCAUAUAAAUGAAAAAAGAAAAAAAAUUUAAAAUAGAAAAAAACAAAAUAUAAAAUACAUGGCGCUAACCGUUAAUAGUGUCUGAUUUGUGCAAGACCUCAGGAUUAUUGCUCUCUAGCCAUCUUCGCCAUAAUCGUUAUGGAAAAAAAGCUGGUUUAAGGAAAUUUGCGUACAUUUGGACAUAUUUUUCAGAACGAUUAAAGAACUAUGGCGGGCAGUAUUGUUAAAUGGUGGAAACAUAAAAUCCUUGGGGGUUACAAGCAAAUUUCAGUUCAGGAAUGUACGACAGAUUCCGAAGAUCUAAUGUUUCAUCAUGUACGAGCUUCGUCUUCUUGCAGUGCCCCGCCCGAUUUACUUCUUGUUGGCGAACGAGAGAAUAAUUUGUCGCUUCUUUCGCCCGCGGUGAAUAUAAUCGGCAACACGUCUACGAUAGUAUCUCCGUCAACGGUACCAACUGCUGAUGCUCAGAAUUAUUUGAAGCAGCAUCAACAGUACACGCAGUACACGCUUGAUGGGGAAAGAGACAUAACCGCGAAAUGUUUAAAAAGCGGUAACAACAGUUGCGUUGAUAAACACAAUAUUGCUAAGCAAAGUGUACAGCAUCGACAACAAGCUAUUGAGGCUGACGGACUGAACGAGCAAACCCAACAAGUUUAUUCGCUGAACACAUCCCACAUGCGUCACGCAUAUAAUCAUCAGAACUCAGAUGAGCGUAUACGGUUAGAGGAAUUUACUUGCGAUGUGUCUGUCGAGGGUGACAAAUCGUCGCAGCCGUUACAGUUUUCGUUUACCUUUUACGAUUUAGACGGACAUCAUGGCAAAAUUACCAAAGACGAUAUUGUGGGCAUAGUCUAUACAAUUUAUGAAUCAAUUGGAAAGUCGGUGGUUGUACCUCAUUGUGGAAGCAAAACGUUCAAUGUACGCUUGACCGUUAGCCCCGAAGGUAAACCGAAAUCAUCCAAAGCGAAGAAAAUUCCAUCUACAGUACCGAAAUUAGAGCAUAACAGUAUGUCGGCGAUUCGUCGACAUCACCGCUAUCGGCCCCGGAAACUUAUUCGAUCAGAUGACGAGGACGAUGAUAGUAACAGCGAUAAAGAGUGCGAAACAAGUCACGUUAAAAAUCACACAAUUGUUAAGCCGACCUCUAGACAUGUCAAAAAUGAUCCGCUGCCCGUUUCACAUGACAAUUCGUGCAGCAGCUCCAAAAAUAUACAAUCUUGUCGAGAUUGUUUGACAGCUGGCGACGUUGUUGCGAAUGAGAUAAAUUGUUCAGUAACCCAAGGAGAUCAGAAGUCGCAAACGACAGAGGCUUUUCUAAAACAUGUCGAAUCGUCACGUACCAAGCUAUUGCGAAAAUCACGUAAGCAAAAGGAGGAAUGCACUGGAAUGAGGCCGAGAAGCCUAUCUGUUGGUAACGAGACAUUAGUGAAAGAUCAACAUUUACAAAAAAAAUCACACCAACGUAUGGAGUUGUGUCCAGAGCGAUCAUUAAAUGGUGCAGACGCCGUCGAAAGUGUCCAAAGGCGUAAUCCACAAAAAUCUCCCAUUGAAGCAUUGAAUGCAUCUCCGAAACGCAAUUCUGCUGAAUGUUGGAAAACUACUUUCAAUCGAAACGAUUUAAUAAGCAUUAUACGUGAAAGCAUGGAAAAGAAUCGUCUGUGUUUUCAGUUGAACGGAAAACCGCAAGCGAAUGUGGAUCCUAUCACGCAACCUCGAAUGUUACAGCAUAUGACCCAGAGCAAACAGAAAGAGCAGGCACAACUGAAAUCACGUUUGCGUUCAAAUACAAUGUCUAAAAUACCGACAUUAAUUGCUAAUCAUAAUAAUUCGCAUUCAGCUCAUACCCAGUCAUCGCAUCAUAUUCGUUCUAGAUAUGCAAUCCAUAAUACAAGCAUUCAGGAACGUCUCCAAAGUAGUAAUAUUUAUCAGCCGCAUCCACACGUUCCCAUUUAUCAACAACAUAUGAUUGUUAAUCAUCCGGCCAUUUUAUCAUCGCAAUCAUCUGUUAAUCCCCUUAUUGCGGGACGUCAUAGUAAGGUAAAUUUAUGUGGUUACGAUUCGUUCUUACACGCUACUAUAUGCGGGGGCAAUGUAAGUCAUUCACCACAGACCUCAUCUUGCAUUAAAUCAACGUCUCCUAAUAAUCAUCACCAACAACCGAUUGCUACCGUGCAACCAAUAAUAUCAACAGUUCCUAACCGUCAAAGUACACCAAAGCAUUUUUCAGCCAUACCACCGAACAGUUCAAAUAGAGAUAAAUCCGGCAAAAUAUUGCGCACUGGAUUACAUAAUAAAAUCCAUCAGACCGCAAUUGUGACAGCGAAGAAUUCACCUCAAUAUCAUGGCUAUCAGCGUUUAUCUUCUACAACGAAACAUAAUUUGGCAGCGUUAAAUUUGCUUAGUCCAACUAUGGAGAAACCUCCUCCUGAAAAUCUUGAAAAAUGGAGGAAGGAACAAAUGAAAAAUUAUGACCAAAUGUUGUACGAUAAACUUCGAGAAAAGCUUCGGCAAACUAAUUUAACCGAAGGCCAAAGGCGAACAUUAAAGCAAAAACGUACGAAUAAUGUGUUGCAUCAAGCUGAUCAUGCAGUUUGCGACAGUAAGACUAUUAACGACUAUUCGACCAUGGUACCUAUUAUGGAUCCGUUGGAAUGCGAAAAUCUCAUUAGUCAAACAAGUGACGAAGAAGGCCAGUCACAGAACGAGCUUACAAUAACGAAAGAAAAGGCAAACAAUAUUAAAGAUUCCGCAAUCAAUCGGAACGUAGUUGAGGGCACCCUAGUGGAUUUAGAUGAUGACGAUGAUAUUACAAAUUUUCCAAAGUAUCAAGUCGGUUCGACAACCUUAAAUGAGGAAAGUGGGAGGAGAACAAAUGAACUAGAGGACGAAGAGGAAAUGGAUGAAGAAGAGGAGGAAGAAGAGGACGAUGAAGAAGAGAUUAAUGAUUUAGAAAAUGAUAACAACAGUGGUAAUAAGCCCGGCGCAGCAACUAUUGUAACUUCAAAUGAUCCCAGCCUCAAUAAUAAUACAUCUUCGCUCGUACACCGCUACGUCCACGAGCAUAUUCAUCAUCAUUAUCAUCAUUUCGAAGAAAAAGAAUAAUAAUCAAAGUUCCCUGGUAAUAGAAUAUGAGAGAGAGAGAG